AUGGAAGAAGAACAGCUCGAGGAAGGGGACAAUCGUUCGAGCUUCCUUGAUUCUGGAACUCGCGAACACAUCCUGUAUCUCUGGCAUGUGGCGGACACUGAGGAGGUCAUGAAGACAGUCUUGAGUGUUAUCUCGGUCAACUGUGCUGCUGAUUCGGAGAGUUGCCAGUCUACUAUGGGAGAUGACAACGCUUCUGUCAACAGGAGGAAGAGAGAAGCCGAAGUUCGCGCUGUGGCUGAGUUUCGUUCUUCCAUCAGCGAUGCUCUGUCCAACAUGUCCCACGCCGCUUUGUUGACCGAGCUACGUGAAGCUGAGAAUCGCUGCGUCAUGUACGAAGAACGGGCCCUCACUACCGAACUACCUUGUGUGAAGAAACUCUAUGACGAAACUGUCAGGAAGCUUGAGAAGUGA